AUGACGGUCGCGGCUCCGCAAGACCAGCAGAUGAUGGACGCGGCUCCGCAAGACCAGCAGGGGAAGGAUUCGGCCCAGCAAGAUCACCAGGUGACGGACGCGGCCCAGCAAGACAAGCAGGAGACCACAACGCCCUACAAGUUCGCGUUCCUCACCGAAAUCGAAUGGACUGGAGAUCCACAUGAUCUUGAUGCUGCGAACGAUGCUCUGAGCGAAAUAGUUCGAGAGGCGCUGGAAGGAGGGACUAGAGGCCCCACUGAGCUGAUUCGACCGAAGAAACUAGACGAUCUCUACUUCCAUGAAGAGAAGUGCCAGGUUACAGUGACGACGGAGCACGCGAUGGCGGCGGCGCGCGCUGAUUGGCUGGUGAAGCAGGUGGACGCGACGGUGGAGCAGCAGCACGCGGACUUCGAGCUGGUGCUGCCGCGCAUCCUGGUGGGCGGCCGCUACUCCUUGGACAAGAAGGCCCACGGCGACUUCACCUCCCGCGAGGAGGGCACCUUCAAGUAA